UGCCUGCUUUAGUAUUAUUUGUGCUCUCAACAGUGUCGGAUACAAUCAACGGUUACUUGUUGUGUGUGGCUUUUUGUUUGUGAACGCUGUACGGAAAGCAGCAGCAGCAGCAAUUUAGCAGCUGAAAAACGGUCGAAAAAAAAGUAAGGCGGCCAAAAAAUAGCAGCCGACCCGAAAUUAUACGCACUGUGUAGUUGAUUAGUGAGUGAUGCAAGUGGAUCUUUUGUGUUUGACAAAUUGCAAAUAUUUUACAUAAUUUUUAUUAAAUUUUGGUUUAACAAAAAUAAAUUUACUUGAAUAACACACAAUAACGGGAAUACCAAAUUGAGUGUAUAAGAGUGUGCGGUAAGCAAAGAAAAGGAAUAUAAAGUAAAAAGCAAAGUAACGAGUAUCACAAGAAGAAGAAAAAAAAUGUUGUGUGUGGUCGCUUAAGGCGAUUUGUUGUUACUACGAGCAAACGGUGAAACGCAAAGUUUGCGGAAUUGCGAGUGUGCAAAUUUCAAGUGAAAAAGUGCAGCGAAAUAUAAACGAAAAUGUGUACAAUUAGACUGAAGCAGCGCGCUUACUAACCAUAAAUCUAACUAAUAUUAAAAAAAAAUAAUCAAAAAUGCUUGCCUGCAACUUGCAAUAACAACAACAAAACAAAUAUAAAUAAAAAAAAAGUUGUGCAAACCACAAAUUUGCACAAACUUUUUUCCAGCUUGCUGCGCAAGUUUGCGCAAAGUGCUUCAAACGCUUACAGUGCAUAAUUGUGCUUAACAAAAUGCAGUAAAACCCGAAAAGUGUUAAAAUUUAGUGUGAAAAACAUAAAAUUAAACGAAAAAUUAAAAACAACAAAAAGUGUUUAUGAAAAAAUCUAAAUUAACCACAAUCACCAGCUAAAUGGCAGCUUAUGCGGUACAACAACAUUAACGCCGUAACAACAACAACAAUAGGGCAACAGUGCUUCACUGCUAUUAGCAUAACAAUAAAAAGUGUGCAGCAACAGCAAGCAUUAAGCGCAAAGCUGGUUACUACAACAAUAACAAACAGCAACUAACAACAAUUCAUACUAAUGCAUUUAUAGUAGCAGCCUAGUGACGACAACGAGACAUUAUAUAUUAUUGCUUACAGCAAAGCAUUCUAGCAGAGCCAUCUUUAAAAUCAACAACAACAACAACAGCAAAACUACGCAACAACAAAAUGAUUGCAAUGUGGAGAUACUUUUUAAUCGGACUCACAUUAUCCACACUAACCUCCUCACAGGCAGACGAAUCGCUCGAUACGCGAGAAAAUGCCGAUCUGACAUUGAAAUGUCGCUUCACAGAUCAUUACGAUGCCAAUGAUUUCACAUUCUAUUGGGCGCGUUGGACCGCCAAUCCCGCGCAAUUCGAUAAUGUGGCCAUACAUGAUGUCUCGCUGAAUUCGGGUUACAAACCCGAUUACCGUCCGAAGCACGGCAUUUACGAUUUGCAAAUUAAAAACGCUUCAUACAUUCGCGACAAUGGACGCUUCGAGUGUCGCAUUAAAGCGAAAGGUACGGGCGCCGAUGUCCAUCAAGAGUUUUACAAUUUAACCGUCCUCACACCACCGCAUCCACCCGUCAUUUCGCCCGGUAAUGUGGCCAUUGCCACUGAGGAUGUAAAAAUGGAGCUGACGUGCAGCAGUAUUGGCGGUUCACCGGAUCCAACGAUAACUUGGUAUCGCGAGGGCACCAAUACGCCACUGCACGCCGUCGUACGUUCGGGCGGCUCAAAGGAUCAGCCAACAAAUGCCACACUUACGCUGCAACCGCGUCGCGAAGACGAUGGCGCCAAAUACAAGUGUAUCGUACGAAAUCGUGCUAUGAACGAUGGUCAACGAUUGGAAGCGACCGCCACAUUGAAUGUUAACUAUUUUCCCCGCGUCGAUGUUGGUCCGGAAAAUCCACUUCGUGUGGAACGUGAUCGUACUGCCAAAUUGGAGUGUAAUGUCGAUGCUAAGCCCAAAGUGCCUAAUGUGCGUUGGACACGCGAUGGCCGCUUCAUUAGUUCCUCCCUAGUGCAUAGCAUACAGCGUGUUAGCACGCAAGAUGCUGGCAAAUAUACAUGCUCAGCAGAUAAUGGACUCGGCAAAUCGGGUGAGAGUGUACUCAUAUUGGACAUCUUAUAUCCGCCAACCGUCGUUAUUGAGUCGAAAACGCGUGAGGCCGAGGAAGGCGAGACAGUUAAUAUCCGCUGCAAUGUAACCUCAAAUCCGCCGCCAAUUACCAUUGAAUGGUUAAAGGAGGGCUCACCCGAAUUCCGUUACUCCGGCGAAGUGCUCACACUGUCGUCGGUACGUGCCGAACAUGCCGGCAGUUAUAUUUGUCGUGCUGUGAAUAUAAUGGAGUCAUACGGACAAGAACGUAGUGAGCGUGUUGGCAACUCAACCGUAGCGCUGUUGGUGCGACAUCGUCCCGGUCAGGCAUUCAUAACACCGAACAAACCGAUUGUGCAUGUGGGUAAUGGCGUUACGUUAACCUGUUCUGCAAAUCCACCCGGUUGGCCGGUGCCACAGUAUCGUUGGUUCCGCGACAUGGACGGCGAGUACUCGAGCACACAGAAAGUGCUGGCACAGGGACCACAAUAUUCGAUACCGAAAGCACAUCUCGGUAACGAAGGUAAAUACCAUUGUCAUGCCGUCAACGAAUUGGGUAAUGGUCAAAUAGCUACUAUAGUGCUUGAGAUACAUCAGCCACCACAAUUCCUGGCCAAACUACAACAACAUAUGACGCGCCGUGUCGCCGAUACCGAUUAUGCGGUCACUUGCAGCGCUAAGGGUAAGCCUGCGCCCAGCAUACGCUGGUUGAAGGACGGUGUCGAAAUACUGCCCGAACUCAAUUUAUACGAAGUUAAGACGAACCCCGAUCAGGGUCCCAACGCCAUGGUGACGGUGCAAAGCAUGCUGAAGUUCCGCGGCAAGGCACGUCCGAACGGCAAUCAGCUGGUGCCCGGCGAUCGUGGCCUGUACACUUGUCUCUACGAGAACGAAGUGAACUCGGCUAAUUCGAGCAUGCAGUUGCGCAUCGAGCAUGAACCGAUUGUCUUGCAUCAAUACAAUAAAGUCGCCUUCGAUAUACGUGAGACGGCUGAGGUCGUAUGCAAAGUGCAAGCUUAUCCCAAACCCGAAUUUCAAUGGCAAUUCGGCAACAAUCCUUCGCCGCUGACAAUGUCCUCUGAUGGACAUUAUGAAAUUAGCACGACCACAGAUAACAAUGAUAUCUACACUUCGGUGCUGCGCAUCAACUCGCUCACACAUGCCGAUUAUGGUGAAUACACUUGUCGUGUUGUGAAUGCCUUGGAUACAAUACGUGCACCAAUACGUCUGCAACAGAAGGGCCCGCCAGAGAAACCGACCAACACACGUGCCGUUGAUGUGGGUCCCAAUUAUGUAACGCUCAGCUGGGAUCCCGGCUUCGAUGGUGGUCUAAGCAAUACGAAAUUCUUUGUUAGCUAUCGGCGUGUACCAAUGCCACGCGAAGAACAACUGAUACCCGACUGUGCCACCAUAGCCACCAGCAACACCGAUUGGCUGGAAUUCGAUUGCCAACACGAUAAUCCCUGCAAGGUUACCUCACUGGAUCAACAUCAAAGCUAUGCCUUCAAGGUGAACGCACUCAACACGAAAGGCAACUCACCGUAUUCCAAUGAGAUUAUGACGACCACAAAGGUUAGCAAAAUCCCACCGCCACUACAUGUCACCUACGAUCCGAAUACACACACUUUGGGCAUAAAUGUGGGCGCCACCUGUCUAUCGUUGGUGGCCAUAGUGGAGUCCAUGGUCAAUAUGGAUACACCGAUGGCGCAGUGGGAAGUUGUCGACACUGUGAAUUUACAACUCUCCGGCAACGGGCCGACAUUUAAGGAGACCGUGAUUGAUCGCCAUAUACCGGCAUAUCGCAGCGGCGGUGGACGUUCGUUGGGUCACAAUCACAUUGGCGGCCAUGAUGAUGGUGUUGGUGGCGGCGACGAAGAUGACGAUGAGGGUGUCGACAUGAACACGCUGGCGCUGGCCGAUGAUAAUAAACCGACGGUGCGUGUGAAACUAUGCCUGCGUUCAAAUCAGGAGCACUGCGGCAAGCACACAAAUGCGGAGAUUGGCCGCACAUACAUUGCGGAGGCUUCCGCCCUGGCCACACCCACGCUGAUCGCCAUAAUCGUCUCGUGCAUUGUAUUCGCAUUAUUUGUCGGUUUAUUGUUGAUGUUCUGUCGCUGCAAACGCAAUCAAUCGAAAAAGAGCGCCGCCGCCAAGGAUUACGAAAUGGACUCGGUGCGACCAUCAAUUGUUGCCGCCCAACAAAGUCAGCCACCGCCACCAUAUUACCCGGCAAGUGGACUCGAUAACAAAGCACUCGAGCAUUCGAUGGAUCUCGCCUUGGGCAUGGAGGACCAAAAGAGUGCACUUUACGCAACACAAAAUGGCUAUAGCUAUCAUCCGGGUAGCGGUGUCGGUGUUGGUGUUGGUGUCGGUGGCGGCGUUGUUGGCGGUGGUGUCGGCAUGCAAGGCCUAACGGGACACACGUUGCCGGGAAAUGAAUGGGUCAACAUGGGCUACAUCGAGAACAAUUACUCGAAUUCGAACAAUGGCGGCAGCGUCAAUUCACAAGACUCGCUAUGGCAAGUGAAAAUGCCCGCCGCCACAGGCGGUCAACAAAGUAUGGUCGUACCGGCCACACACAACAACUAUGUUGAACAUCAGCCCACCUAUGGUUAUGAUCCACUGACGCACGGCGGUUACGGCGCUGUCGAUGAUUAUGCCCCCUAUCCACAUUUGACGGCGACGCCAAGCCAACACGGUGAUGAAUAUCAUAAUUUACGUAAUAGCCAAAAUCCAUCCAGACAGGAUUACUGCAGCGAUCCAUAUGCCUCGGUGCAGAAGCCGAAGAAACGUGUUGAUCAGCAUUUAGAUUCACCAUAUCACGACGUAAGCGGCCUACCCAACCCCUAUAAUAUGGAGCAUAUGGAACAGGAUGAAGUGAUACCACCACAGCAGCACAUGUCACUGAGUUACGAUGACAGUUUCGAGGGUGAAUACUCGUCAACGCCCAAUUCACGGAAUCGUCGUGUCAUACGCGAAAUUAUCGUCUAAUAAAUAAACAUUAAACAUAAUAGAAAGUGAAAUGAACGAAAACCGUUAUACAAUAGGUAUAAAUUACAACGUAUGAGGAGGCAGGGGAGCGACAUACAGAGAGUGUGUGUGUGUUGUGUAAAAGUGCCAACCACGUGCAACUAAGCGAAAAAUAUUAAUUAAAACUGUAAUGUCUCCGUGUGCAUAAAGGAGCGGAACACACACACACACACAAAAAGCCAGAAAUCUUUAACGAAAUGUUUUAUAAAUUUUUAUGUGUUAUUUUUAAGAAAAUAAGUAAUAUACAACAACAUGAACGAAAAAUUUACAAAAGUGGAGUAAAAUCUAAAUGAGCACCGUCAACUUAACAAUACGUGCACACAAAUACCAUACAUACAAAUACACACACAUACAUUGUCAAGUACUGGCAAUGCAACGCACACACACACAUAAGAAAAUUUGCACCGAAAUUUCAACAGCAGAAGCCGUUAUGCGAUUUUUCUUGCAAAAUGUUGAAUAAUUGGAGUGCAGCAGUUGCGACGGGUGGCAACAUCGCUUGUAUAUGCAAUGUAUAUGUGGAGCUGGCAACAUACCAAUUAUUUGUGUGAGUAAAUUUGCAUAAAUUUUUGUAUAAAUAAUUUUGAUUAUUUUUCAAAAUACACACACACACAUACAUAUGCAGCUACAAACACAUUUUCAUAAGCAUAAGUGUAUAUGUGUGUGUGUGUAUAUUUUAGGCAACUGCCAUAAGUUGCUUUUUGCCAUUUGCAGUUCACGCACUUUUUUUACUUUCUCCAUACUCACUCAUACACACACUCACGCACUCAUUAAUUUCAUAUACACCCACACACGCCAAAUUCUCACCCAAUCAUGCAUUACAUAUUUGCACUUAUUGAAUGCGUUUUAAGCCACACCAACUAACUCUACGAGUAUUUGUUUACCCAACGAAACAAAAAAAUAUUCAAAAAUUCAACGAAAAGCGAAAACUACGACAACAACAACAAAAACAUAAAAACAACGUAUUUGAAAGUUGCCAUUUUUUAUAACUUUUAGUACAUAAUUAAAGUAUAUAAGCAAAAUAUUUUUAAAAUUUUUUUUAUUUUAUU